GUACGAGUCGCCGACAUGAUUCUUGAAGCAAAGUCGCCGACACCAAGCCGCCGGGCUGUGUCGGCGGGUCGGCGGGUUUGGUGUGUAGACUCCUUUAGGUUUUUGGCAACGGGCAGUACUUUCUCCGAUUUAUCUAUCACAUACAGAAUGGGAAUCACUACUGUAGCUAAGAUAGUAGAUGAAGUUUGUUCGACUAUAUGGGAAAAACUGCGUCAUGAAUGUGUACCUGAACCAACUACAGAAAUGUGGCAGCGCAUAAGUGAAGAAUUUCAGUUAUAUGCAAAUUUUCCAAAUUGUUGCGGGGCGAUAGAUGGUAAACACAUACGUAUAGAAAAUCCUGCAGGUGGAGGCUCAAUGUUUUAUAAUUAUAAACAUUUCUAUUCUAUCGUCCUUUUGGCAAUGUGCGAUGCGAACUAUUGUUUCACAUAUAUUAACAUAGGUUCUUGCGGGAAAAACUCAGACUCUAUAAUAUUUCAAGAGAGUUCACUAUUUCAAAAGUUACAGAACAAUAGUUUGAGGUUGCCAGGUGUAAAGCAUCUGCCGGGCACUAAUAUAACAGUACCACACAUAAUAGUUGGUGAUGGUGCAUUUGGUAUAUCCAACCAUGUGAUGAGACCUUAUGUACUAUCCAACAUGACUCAUAAAAAGAAAAUAUUUAAUUACCGCUUAAGUCGUGCUAGACGGUACAUAGAGUCGACGUUUGGAAUAAUGUCCAACAAAUUCAGAGUAUUCCAUACUCCUAUGAGUGUCAGUUUUCCUAUUGCAAAAAAGAUAGUUCAAGCCUGUUGCAUAUUGCAUAAUUUUAUUAGAGUACGGGAUGGCUACAACGUUAAUCACACAUUGACUAUAACGGGAUUGACUGAUCUAAUUAACGACCCAGAUCAUAGAUCAGGAAACACAUUACGCGAUAUAUUCGCUAAUUACUUCGUAUCACCCACUGGUAGCGUGUCAUGGCAAGAUAGAUCUGUGUUCUGAUUUUAUAGUUGACACCUACCGCGAAAUUCAAAAAUGGAACGAAACGAAACGCAGUAAUAUCGUCGUGGCUUAAUUGAUUUACCUACCCAAUUAAUAUUUUUCACUAGGUGACCCGGCAGACGUUGUACUGCCUCAAUCGAUAAAAUUUUCAUAUUUAUUCACCUUUUAAACCUCCUCUGGACUUCCACAAAUAAAUCAUAACCAAAAUUAGCCAAAUCGGUCCAGCCGUUCUCGAUUUUAGCGAGACUAACGAACAGCAAUUGAUUUAUAUAUUUAAAUAGAUUAGAAUUUCUGAAAUUCGCGGGCGGACAAAACGAUUUCACUUAAUUUUACACUAGGUAAUAAGUAGCUAAUGUGACUUAAUUAAGGUACCAGACUCGUCGGUUACACUUGACAAACGAUCUUUAAAGUUAAUUUAUAUCUCUUAUUGUGAACUGAACACUAAAAGUGAUUGAAUGUUUUAAUGGAGGAUGGAGGAUUUCGUUUGUGCAACUAGCGGUAAACAUGUAUGUAACAAAAAAGAUUUUAUUAAUAAAUGUUUCUUACCUAAGUCUGUAUUGAAAUUUUCACCACACAAUUCCUUUCCAAUUUCUUCCCAGGCUUUAUUUUUUGCGUCCUUAUUCUUAUAAAAAUCAUCGGCCGGGUCCCAUAAACAUCUUCUAAUUCGCACUUCGUCAAUUACUCGACCCGUAUCGAUGUGAUUCAUUUUGUACACAACAGUACCUAACGGCACGUCUCAACGGCGUGAGACUAAAACGCACAAUGGCCGUAGAAGCGCACGAGCGGCGCGCGCUUCGACCGCGCCGCGCGAAUAGGACGCGUUCAACGAACGGCGCUGCUCAAGCGCGCGAAUUUGAAACGCUACUAAUACCCCAAACAUAUCCGAGCGCGCGCGCUCCGACGGCGCUGCCGAAACGCGUGACUGUAAAACCAGCCUUAGAGCUAGUUCAGACAUGGCGGAAUCCGUGCGGAUGCAAAUCGCGCGGUUCUAAACGCAAGUGUUCAGACAGACGCGGAUGUAAAUGCGGAGUGCCGUAAUCCGCAUAGAGUGACAGCGUUCUAGUCCAAUCAUGGAAGUCGAAGAAGCAAUAUGUGUGUACUUAUUGCUCCGUAAAAAAGAAAGAAAGAAGAAACGGCAGUAUUGGGUGCAUCCAAUAUUACGUGAUCGGCUCACCCAUGGUCAGUUUCAGACUUAAUAUCCAAAAUUAAGAAGUUUUGAACCAAAAUUCUUUAAUUAUUUGAGAAUGUCGAUAAAUUCAUUUGAUGAAUUAUUAGAAAUGAUCAGUGAACAAAUUGCAUCUAAUGAUACCCAUAUGAGGUCAAGCGUGGCCCCAGAAGAAAAACUCGUGAUUACAUUAAGGUAAGAUAUUUAUUUUAUACAUCAGAAUAUAUGUUUUGUACUAUAGAAGACUGUGAGUCGUCAGUGCUAUUGCAUGAUAAAGGCGAUGGAGACUCUCCUGGUACGAUUGUAGAAUAUCCUGUAAAAUAUCCUUGUGGGUUUGAAUAUUGUUGGUUUUGCCAAAAUACUUCAUUAGGCGUGUUCUGCUGGCUCGUGAUAUGAAUAGGCGCUGGUAAUUUCUGCCCUUUCUGUAUUACCUGGAGUAAUUCAAUUUUAGUAGCCAAACGCUUAUUUUCAUACAAAAAAGCUUAUCAUCAUCAUCUUGCUUUGACAUACUUUCUUGUAAUUGUCUCUGUAUUUUAUCCCUUGAUUCAAUGCUAUUUUCUAAUAUGUCAGCCAAUCGCUCUUCUGAAGUAAUUUUAGUCUUCUUCCUUUUAUUGGGUACUGGUUGUAUUUCACGUGCAUUAACAAAAUUAUCUUGGUUUUGGUCAAUGUUUUGAAUUCCUUCAUUUUUGGCUUCAUGUAUGUUUGAUGUCGUUUCUUUGUUUUCUACUGUCUUCUGAAGAAAAGAAAGCCGGUCAAAAUACAUGUAUUUUGAACCUUUACAUGCACCAGAACCAGAAGGAAUUGAUUUGCCUUUCUUGAAUUCCUUAUUAUAAGCAUCCCGUAUAUUCUUCCACUUUUUUUGUAAUGUUACACCUGGAACAGAAAUCAGUAUUUUUAACAAAAUUGUAGACUUAUAAAUACAGGAGCGGUCAAAUAAUUGAAGACACUCAAAAAUUUGAAAAAUUUUAAAUAAAAUAAUUGACACUCAUUAUUUUAAACUAGCUGGUGCCCGCGACUUAUAAUUAAUAAAUGAAAAGUUUGCAACUUUUUUAACAAAACGAUACAGAUCAAGAUUAUAUUGUUUCAGAUAUCUGGGUACUGGUUGUUCCUUUGGAGAACUGCAUUACAACUUUCGUCUUGGCAAAUCUACAAUUACAGGAAUUGUCCGUGAAGUAUGUGAAGCUCUGUGGGAAAAAGUCGCAAAAAAUGUCAUGCCUGAACCCAGCGAAGAUAUAUGGAAGAAAAUAGCUACA